CUAGAUCUGUGAUGCCUACGCCAGGCUCUGGUUUGUCCAGGGGCUCUGCUCUGGCUGCCUCCUUUGCACGUAAUUGGUACCUCAUAGACGCCUCCUGGCACCACCCUGUCCAUCUAGCCCAGAAAUGCUCCACUAUUCUACAGGGCAGACACAAGCCACUAUUCGCCUGGAAACAAGACUGCGGCGAUCAUGUGGUCGUCAUGAACUGUUCACAGCUUGCAAUGUCCGAGUUCGAGUGGGAGUUCCACCGCUUCACUGACCAGAAGACGACCCGGCCAGGCGACAAAGUCAUCACAUUCGCAUGGGAGUUUCUACGCGACAACCCUGGACAAAUAGUGAGACGCACCACCAGACUGUAUUUGGAAACAAAAAGAAUCGACUUCAGGGACGCCUGGCUAACUAGAUUGCAUUGUUUUAAAGAUAAAAAUAUCCCAGAUAAUAUUUUGAGGAAUGUUAAUUUUAUGCUGCCAAGGAAGAAGGUGCCGCGGAAACUGUCGGAAUAUUCUCAAGAACAAAUCGAUAAUUUUCCAGUUAUUUGGGCCAAAAGUGAUCAAUACAAGUUUUAGUUUUUA